GGCUGAGGAAGUGCAUUUUGUAGACAAGCGUGUCACUGGUCGGCAUAAUAAUAACCGCCCCUGGAAUGCGGAUUGAAGGCAGUACGUGAUUGCAUUUGCCUGUGCCUCAAAUUCAGACCCUUAUUAAACAAGCCUGUGACGUCUGAGCUCGAGCGGCGGGGUGACCCUGGCCCGGCCUAACGUAGGACGCUUCAGCCAAGCCCAGUCUGACGUGGGAUGCCGCACCCUGGCCUGGUCUGGGGCAGGAUGUUUUACCCAGGCCCGGUCUGACUCAGGAUGUUUCGCCCAGACCCGGUCUGACUCAGGAUGUUUCACCCAGGCCCGGUCUGACUCAGGAUGUUUCACCCAGGCCCGGUCUGACUCAGGAUGUUUCGCCCAGACCCGGUCUGACUCAGGAUGUUUCACCCAGGCCCGGUCUGACUCAGGAUGUUUCACCCAGGCCCGGUCUGACUCAGGAUGUUUCGCCCAGACCCGGUCUGACUCAGGAUGUUUCGCCCAGACCCGGUCUGACUCAGGAUGUUUCACCCAGACCCGGUCGGAUGCAGAAUGCUUCACCCUGGCUCAGUCUGACUCAGGAUGUUUCACCCAGGCCCGGUCUGGGGCAGGAUGUUUCACCCAGACCCGGUCGGAUGCAGAAUGCUUCACCCAGACCCGUUCGGAUGCAGAAUGCUUCGCCCUGGCUCAUUCUGAUUCAGGAUGUUUCACCCAGACACGGUCCGAGGCAGGAUGUUUCACCCAGACCCGGUCGGAUGCAGAAUGAUUCACCCUGGCUCAGUCUGACUCAGGAUGUUUCACCCCGACCCGGUCUGACGCAGGAUGUUUCACCCCGAGCCGGUCUGACGCAGGAUGUUUCACCCCGACCCGGUGUGACGCAGGAUGUCUCACUGGUGCGGCGGGAGCAUGCUCAGGAGGUCAGCUGCGUUACCUGGAGCCCGGUCAGAAGUCACCAGGCUGUGCUGUCUGCCAGCUGGGACGGCACAGCCAAACAGUGGGAUGCCGGCAGUCUGCUCUGCGUGCAGACGUACCCCGUCUGCGCCGGCCGCGUGUACGACGCCGCGUGGUCGGCGGCCGAGGCCGGGCAGUUUGCCACCGCCGCUGCCGACGGCGCGCUGCACGUGUGGAGCGCUGCGGCGGGCCGGCGGCCGGUGCUCUCCGUCCGCGCCUCGCCGGCCGAGCUGCUUAGCUGUGACUGGAGCCGCUACAGCGCCCGCCAGCUGGCCACCGCCGGCGUGGACGGCUGCACGCGCCUCUGGGACCUCCGGGACGCGCGGAGUCCGCUCGUGCAGCUGGCGGGCCACCGCUACGCUAUCAAGAAGGUUCGGUUUUCGUCGUUCGACAGCACCGUGCUGGCGACAGCCUCGUAUGACAAGACAUGCAGACUGUGGAGUUGCACGGAGGCACGCUGCUUGGGAACGCUGGAGAGCCCACACCGAGCAUUCACGGCCAAGCUGCCGGACACGGAUGCCGCCUAA